GUGUAUAGUGUCAAUAUGGCGAUCGUCGUGUUGGCAUAUCAAAGUAACAUAGUUUAUAACCAUGAUUAACCCAUAAAAUGUCAAUAAUAAUAAUAGUUUAAUGUUUGCAAAGCUUGAAAAAUUCCUCGUACCUUAAGUUCAAAUGUUAACAACAUGUCAUGGUUGGGUGGAAGCAUUUCUUCCCUAACUGGACAACUUACAAACUUGACAAAAGAUAUUUUGACAGAAGGUACAGAGGAAGUCAGUGACCACGCUACAGAAUUGCGUCUGGCACAGGAAAAACUCAACGAGAUACAGACUACAUAUGCUGCGCAGAAAUCUGAAUGUGAGAGACUCAAGAAGAUUAGUCAUCAGUAUGAAGAAAAUGCUGAGUCAGCUGAGCUGCAGAUCAAUGCCAUUUCACGUGAAUACCGCAUGUUACUUGAGGAAAAAGAGAAAGAAAUUAAAGAGUUGAAAAGACGUCAUCAUGAAAUGCUGGAAGAGCAAGCUAAAGCGGCAGUUUUAGCAUCUUCAGACACUGUUGAACUGUCACUCACUCACAGCGCAUCAUCUCCCCUUAUUAGUAGCAACAAGGACACGGGCUAUGAUGGUGGUUUUCAGAUCCAAGAUGACAGCUGGGAGUUCGGUGACAGCAUCAGCCUGCAGCACGAGGUGAAUCGACUGAGUCAUGAGAUAAGCAGAUUACAAGCAGAGUGCCAGCACUGGAGAUCUGUAGCCAGUCAGCUGGGUCAGUCUGGAACAAAUGAUGAGCAGGUUGAAAACAAAAAUGAUGAACUGGUUGAACUGCAAGCUACAGUUCAAGAUUUGAAGAAACAGCUAUCAAAAGCACGUGACUACCAGCAACAUGAAGUGACAUCUCUUCAAGAUGUUCAUACUCAGAAGAUCUCUGCUCUCAAGAAGAAGCACAAGCAGGAGGUGGGAGAGUACAAACAGCAGAUAGCAUACCUGGAGCAAGUAGUGAACGAGGGCCGUGACAGUGAUAGUAUUAAAAAUGGCCGAUCUUCCAACCUUCCUGAAGCUGAUCGUGCUGAACUGGAUGAUCACACCAAUUUGGUGGAGAGUCUCAGACAAGAGUUAUCUACCUUGCACAACAAUCUUUCUGUGGUUACUAAAGAAAAAGAGGAGGUUGUUGCAGCCAAGCAACAUCUUGAGGGAGAUUUACAGGAAUUACGGACUGAAUUUGAUAAGUUAAAAACAGACCGUGAUGAAUACCUCAAGAAGACUGAAGAGCUCGGUAACUUGGUUUCACAACUUAAAGAAGAUUUGAAGAAUACCACCAUCACAGAAGAUGUGCUCAAGGAAGAAAUAGAAAGGUUGCAGCGUGAGAAUGUGGAACUGGUGGAGACCACGCGACAGGCUGAAGCAUUAGAAUUGUUGGGUGAUCUACAACAAGUGCGACAUGGGAUGGAUUCUGAAUCGGCCAAUAGGAGAAAUCAUGUUCUCAACGAAAAACAACAAAUAGCCAAUGAUAUAUUUUAUGUGGGGCAGAAGCAGCUGGAGGUGAAAGAAAACAUUAGUUCUUUAGAGAGCAAGUCUACUAAUGUGACGGGAGAGGUGGCCACCAUUGUGGAAGGAAUGGGAAGUUCUGAACAGCAGCAUCACACUGCAGAACUAAUGAACACUAUGGAAAAAGAAAAUAUGAUUCUGAAAGAACAGACCCUGAAAUUACAAGAGCAGGUAACUCUGCUUGAAAAGGCUUCUCAGCAGCAAGUUUGUGAAAAGAGUCAGUGUGAAGAUACAAUCAUCAAACUGCGAGAAGAACUGUUGAAGUUCAAGGAUUCAGAAUCCACAGAUACAUGUUCUACACUGGAACAAAGCCUAGAGACUGAUCUAGAAAUGAAAACUGAAAUGAGCAGUGACAUAUCUGAAUUAUCUCAAAAGAAUACCAAUAUUCACGAUCAGAAUAGUCUACAGGCUCAAGUGGACAGGUAUAAAGAGGAAGUCGAUCAGUUUGAAUUGGUCAAGUCUGAUUGGCUGAUGGAGAAAGAGGCUCUGGAAGAUGUCCUGCUACAACUGAGGGAACAGCUGCAGGAAAAGGAGAUGUCUCUAAAUGAAGCUUUGGCACAGAAAUUGGAUUUGGAAAAAAGAAUUAGUGAACUAGAAGAAGAGGUUUCUAAGAUGGAACAAACUUUAAAGAAAGAAAUGGCUGAAAAAUCAGAUUUGUUGUCUCGAGUAAGCGACCUUGAACAUCAUGUGAUGCAGCUGACUGAAGCCAGGUCCACUGUACAGCAGGAGAAGCUGGAUCUGGAGUCCAGUCUGGAGGAACUUGACCUGCAGCACCAGGAGGCCACCGAGAAACUCAUACAGAUGAAAGACAACCUGCUCACAGACAUCAGCAGUCUGCAGGACCAGGUUUCCCAGCGUGACGACCAAAUCCUACAGCUCAGGGAGGAUCUGGAGUCUUCAAGGUUGCAGACGUCAAGGGAUGAAGCAGAUUCAUCAAAGUUGAAGACGCCCAAAGAAAACGAAGAUGAGAGUGAAGGAGAUGUCGAUGAUCUUCAGAGAAACAUUGAAGAGCUGGCUAGAAAGAAUGAUGGACUGAAGAGUGAACUGAAUGUAAAACAAAGGGAGAUUGAAGAUUUGAAGGAGAAGGGUAGACGCGGGGCGGCUGUUGUUAAUGAACUUCAUAUGGAUAAACAAGAUCUGGAGAUGCAACUUUCACAGAGUAAGCAAGACAUUGAAAGCAAAGUUUCAAAAAUAAAGGAACUGCGUGAGGAAAAUACCAAGCUGAUUAGUGUCAACAAGAACUUGACGGAAAGACUUCAAGAAAUGGAACAAGAUUUGGAGGACUGGCAGCAAGUUAAUGAGGACAAUCAGCUUCAACGUGUUCAGUCAGAAAGAGACAUGUAUGAAAUGAAACGAUUGGAAACUGAAAAUGCACAACUGACAGAAAGGCUGGAGGAAAUUCAUCAAACUAGCAGUGAAAUCCAAAUUAAAAAUACAGAACUAAUAGCAGAAAAUGACAGAUUAUCAAUUUUAGUCAAUGAGUCUGAAAAACUGUUCAGUGAUGAUGCAGAAAAUAUGAUUGAAUCAUUAGAAAAUAAAAUUUCUAUCCUGGAAACACAACUUGAUGCAGUGAUGUCUGAAAAAAUUGCCCUGCAGAAAGAUGUGGACAAUCUUGAAGUCAAACUUGAUGAACGUAUAAAACAUUAUGAGAGUUAUAUACAAGAUCUGCAGAAUUCCAAAGACCUUGAUGCAGGUUCGGUCAAAAAUGAACAUCAAAAUUUGUUGGAAUCUUGUCACACAAAAAAAAUAGAGAUCACAGAGCUAAAAUCCCACAUUAAGAGUUUGGAAGGAGAAAUUGAUGAUAUAAAAGAAACCCUGAGUUCAUCUGUUGACAGUCAGAAUCAGCUUUCUGAAAUACUGACAGAAAAGCAAAAUGAUUUUGAUAAUUUAAAAGAGGAAAAUAACAGAUUGACAGCAAAAUGUGAUGAAAAUUCUGAAAGGUUGAAAGAGCAGGAUAUCCUUAUUGAAAGCAUGAAAAACCUGGAAACACAACUUGCAGUGUCUAAAACUGAGUGUCAGAGGUUGCGUAUGGAAAUUGAACAGGCGAAGGCAGAUUCUAAAAGUAUCCAUGAUGAUGAUGGUGAUGACAAACCACAAACACUUGAAAUCAUUACCGAACUGGAAAAAGAGCUUACUAUGGCCAAUAAUACUCUGGUUCAGCUACGGGUCCAGGUGAGUCAUUAUGAAAAUGUCGUUGCUGACAUGGAGUCACAAGUUGUCCAGCUCCAUCAAGAAUCUGAAGACUUCAAAAAAUCACUUGAACAUGAAUGUGAAAAAUGUACGAAGCAAAAUGACCUCAUAUUGACUUUACAGGAAGAAUCAGCAGCAAAAGAUGAUGAACUGGCAGAUUUACAACAAAAGUUAUCUCAUGCUCUUUCAACACUGGCUGAUGCUGAUUCAAAAUCUGUUACACAGUCACCAUUACAGAAUUCUGCUUCAGAAUCUAAAUCCACUCGAUAUUACGGUUUAGAGAAGUCUACCAUUUCUGAUGAAUUUGAUGGCGAAAACAAGAAAGAAAUAUCUCAGAAUCAUUUAUAUGAUAACUACAAUGAAGCUGAUUUCAGUGAAAGUUGUGAGGAAAUUUCUCGAGAAAUGGAUGAAUUGCGAGGAAAGUUAAUGGAAAAAGAUCAAAUAAUAGACGAGCUGCAAACAAAUAAUUUUUCACUUUUAAAAAUGUUGGAUUCAAAAUCACCAUCCAGUGAAAAUAAAACAAUACUUGAAAUUAACAAAUUAGAAAAUGAAGUGAAGUCUUUGAAAAUGGAGAAGGAACAGAUUCUGGCUGUUAUGAAUGAAAAAACACGUGAAUGCAGCUCUUCAAAAGCUGAAAUCCACAGGUUGAUGAGUGUUAUAACUGCAGAAAAAUCAGCUCUUGAAAAACUGCAGCGUGAUAAUCACCAGUUGAAUCAGCCUCGAGAUUCCACAGAGAAAGAAGACAUGCAGAGAGAAGCAUUGCAGAGUAUGUCACGACUCGUUCGAGAUCGGGAAAUGGAAAUAGAUGCUCUGAAACAAAAAAAUGAAACAUUGCUUGAAGUUCUGCAGAAUUCUUCAUCUGAGAAUAGUCAUGAAAGACAAAUUCACUCACUGCUUCUAGAUAAAGAAAACUUGGGAAAGCAGGUACAACAGCUACAGAAUGAACGAGAGCAGAUGAUUGGUUAUCUGAAUCAGAAACAUCAGGAAAGUGUUUCAUAUCACAAUGAAAUACAACGUCUUAAUGCAUACGUUAAUGCAGAAAAAGAAACUUUUGACACACUGCAACAGGACUAUGCAAGGUUAGUUCCUCAGUUUGAAGAUAAAAAACAGGCUUUGUUAAAAGCCCAGAAUGAGUUGCUUAACUAUGAGCAGAAAUAUCGGGAGCUGGAGGUCAAAUAUGGUGAGGUCAUUCAGAAAGCUAAUGUGUCUGAAACAGUUGAUAUUGUCACAUUUAAUUCGAAGGAAGAAGAGCUCAAAAGAUCUCAGGACAAACUAGAAGAACUUGCACAUGGUGUUCAUGAAAAAGAUAAUACAAUAAAAGUGUUGACCCAGAAAGUUUUUGAAUUGGAAAAUUCAAUAUCAGAUAAAGAUACGGGAAGGACUAAUCUUAAAAAACAGGUGGAAAAUCUAACAUUUCAACUGCAAGGCCUGCAAGCCGAACUGGACGAUUUAAACAAAGAACUGGCUGCAGUUCGGCAGAAGUCUAGUGAACAGAGUUCAGAAAACCAGAUGCUGAAUGAAUUGAACAAUCAGAUGACUCUGUCUCUACGUGAAAGGGAGUCUGAGCUGGCAAGUAUCCGCGAGAAGUCUGGAACCCUGCAGACCCUGCUACACACCCAGCAGGGUGAGAAGGGCCAGGUGGACCAUAUGAUCCAGGAGAACGAGACUCUCCACAAUCACUGUGUCCAGCUGCAGCAGGAGAGGGACCAGAUCAUGCUGGCUCUCAAACAGCGGCAGAAAGAGAAUGAGGAACUCAUGAUGGAUAUUGAGAAGCUGAAGGAUCGGGAACACAAGGUGAAUCGUGAACUGGACAGGCUGCGUCAGCAUCUCCUGCAGAUAGAGGACGCCUACACCCAGGAGGCGCUCGAAGCAGAGGAACGAGAGAAAGAUCUGAGGAACAGAUUAGCUGUGGCUGAAGAAAAACUGCUUUCCUCUUCAAGUGCAAUUGCAUAUGCUAGUCAGGCUGCCAGCCAGCAGGUGGAGAGUCUACAGCAGCAGCUGUAUUCGGUGAGCAGCCAGCGAGAUGCGGCAUACUCACAGCUUACCACCAUGCAGGAUCAGUGUCAGCAGUAUUCGGUCUCACUCGCCAACCUCCAGAUGGUGCUCGAACAGUUCCAGAAAGAGAAGGACUUACAAGUGGCUACUGAAACGGAGCGAUAUGUUGCCAAGAUCAAAUCUUUAACAGACGAAGUCAGUUCUCUUAAAAAGCAACUCCGGGAGACUCAGGCUGAGUUGGAAGAAGCAUCGAAUGGACUGGAGGCAGCAGCCCGGCUUAGUGAACAGCUGGAUCGACGUGAGGAAGCCAUUAUAGCCCUCAAGGAAGAAGUUCUGCUGCGUGAGUCUGCUCUCAAAGUGGCAGAAGAAGAAAUAAAGAAGCUUACCACCAGCACUGAAGCGAAAAUUGACAAGUUACUAAUGAAGAACAUGCUCUUGGGCUAUUUUACCACACCACAGAACAAACGCAAGGAAGUCUUCCAUAUGAUUGGUAGCAUACUAAACUUCACACAAGAUGAAUUUGAAAAAGUUGAUAGCAUUGGCAAACAAGGAUGGGUUUCUGGGUUUCUACAUUUAGGAACUGGGUCUGCUCGCACAACUCCACCCACCACACCUGUCCGACAGAUUCAAAGUCCGGGUUUCAAUCAGUCUUUCUCUCAGCUGUUUGUCAAGUUUUUGGAGAGAGAAUCGUCUCCACCGCUCCCACCCGUCCGCCUCCCUGCCGAGGACAUGGCUCGAGAACUGCAGGAAAAGCACAAAGAGAAGGAAGCCCACAAGCCUGCAUUUAACCCUUUCACUGCUCCGCGACACGUCUCCAUGCCACUGCACGUGGGACACCAAGCGUCCACACCAACGUCACACAUUCUCAUGGCUAGCGGCACACCAUCGGCUCUGCCACUGUUCCAGCCAAUGUCAGAGGAGUCCAUAAGUCGGUCGAGUUCUGGUCGAUCAACCCCUCAGAAUGCCAGUGCAAUUCUGAAAGACGUCUUGGGAUCGAGAUGAUGACCCAUGAAUCAGUCUUUAUUUAUGCAAAAAUAAAUAAACUAUAUUCAAAAUUUAAUGUACAGUUGUCUCUGUUUUAGACCAGAUUCAAGGGUGUCUGACAAAAUGAACUUGGGUACACUGCGUCUCAUUAGACAAACAAUUAUUUAAGCUGUUGCCACUGAAUGGGACUAUAUGAUCAUGCCAGGUUACACAAAAAUCUGGUUUACACAGGUGCUGGUUUGGACAGGGUGCACUGUAUUUGAAAUGUAAUGCAUUUUAAUGUACAUUAUUGUAAAUAGCAGAGUAUCUGGGUAUGCAUGGGUAUAAAAGUUCACUUCUUUAUGCAAUAAUGGAUUGUGGCAUAUAGCAAUGGUGGAUACAGGCAAACCUUCAAUGAAAAAAAAACCCUUGUUUUACACCUGGCUGUAAAGGGCAUUUGAGAUUUAUUUGUUUGACAGCUGUUUUUAAAAUACAAAAAGAUGUUUACUCAUAUAGUCUAGUUUUUUGGGGUACUUUAUGGACAGUUUGAUGUUACAUGGUAAUGUAAGUGAACUAAAGUACUAUUUAUUUAUUGAGUAACUUAUUUCAGGGAUUGAUGGUAUAUUUAAUGUGUCGGUGAUCAUGUUGAUCCAUGUCUUUUUGUCAAAAAAUAUAAAGGUUUAGCAUGGUAAAUUGUAUAUUGUGGAAUACAUUAUGAUGGCAGUUUGAUAGUUGGACAAUUGCUGUAUAUAUUUGGAUAACCGGUUUAUUUAUUGAAACUUAAGCUGUUCACUUAUUGUUUUAAUUCCAAGUUUAAUAAUAUAUACCAUAAGUUACUGUGUAUAAGCUUUUCAAUAAGUUUUCAAUAUUCAAACGUCAACAUGGUGACAACGAAUUUCCAAAUUGAUUUUAAAAAAUAUAUUGUACAGAUAUUUAUGUAAUAAUCAUAAUAUACCAAAUAUUACAUUUAUAUUAAACUUGUAACUGUGACUGCUUGAUAUUUUGUAUGGCCUUCACUUUCAAAAGAAUUAUUGACAUUGUAGUAAUUUAUAUUUAACAAAAUCGUAGAACGACAUCUGUCAGUUAUAUUUAAUUAAACAAGAAACAAUUCAAAUUUUCAAAUGUUUUACCAAAAUGAUACCCAGAAGACUUACCUUUUUUGGAUUUUAAAUUGGCUCAAAAAAUCUUGAUGUAAAACAUUGCAAGAAACACAAAAAUGUUUGUUAAAAGAAUUCUUGAGACAUCAAAAUUGAGGAUUCAAUCACAUUACAUAUAACACAAUAAAAAGUUUGAGAAUCAGUUUAGAGUGUUUCAGCCAGAGGUGGUGGUACUGGUAUCUUGAAUAACAUCUCUCUGCUAUGGGCAAGACUGUAAUCCAGUACUAGUUGUCCUUAAAACUUAACAUCCACUACAUCAUGGUGCCAUCAAAAUGAGUGCCUUGCCUUGAGGACAGCUUGAUGGGCCUACAUUUGACAUGUCCAUUACCAAUCCUGUGAAUUUGGUGCUGGUCAACAUGGUUGCUAUUAAAACAUUCAGACAUGUUUCAUUACAAUCCUUGAUAAGAAUAAAUUUGAAUAGUUUUUAUAUGUGGAUAAAAUAGAAUCAUCAGUGGUCAUGGUAAAGCAUUGCAGUCACAGAGUAAAACUAUGUCAAACAUUGGACAAAGGAAUUUACUGUACCAACUGUAAUCAUGUUCUAUUUGUAAAUUUAUGUUAAAAGAACUGGCAGCCAUUUUAUGAAAUGUUCAUGUUUGGUAUUGUACUGUUUAUGUCUCAUUAUCUUAGGUUUUAAUUAUUAAGAUAGCACAUGUGUACAAUUAGUUGCAAUAUUGAUGUUGUUUGGUGCCCUAUAAACCAUCGUUUCUGUAUUUAAAACAAAUGUAUAUAGCAUGUGUUUUUGCCAAAAUAUGGCUACCAAAUUGAGGGUUACAGCAGUUUAAACCAGUCCAUCAUAACUAUCAUAUUUGUGAUUAUUGGGUGAAUGUUUGAAAUUUGUUAAAUAAAUAUUAUUUUACAAUCA